AUGUAUCUCGCUCGAGCUGCGUCUCGUGCACGUUUCGCAGGUGCAAAUGCGCCUGCCGCACCACUUUACACUCGAUACUGCGCUUCAACAACGCUCGUCGCUAGAGCGAAUGCUUCAUCUCUCGUUUCAGCUAGGCUUUCUGCACCGAUAAGUGCUGCCUCUCUUCCAGUUAGAGGCGCUAUUGGACGCAUCCACCGAAUACCAGCCUCAGCGGUGAACCUUCAUCCAGCCAGUCGAUGGUCCUCCUCAGCAGCAUUGGCUUCCACCUCGCCCGAAGCCGCCAAGGUUGCAGAAGAUGCCGAACAAGAGACGGAAAACGACCCUUUCCGAAAGAUCGGCUACCUGUACUUCGACACCGUCUUUCCAAUUCGACUCGGCUUCUGGGACAUUCGGUACAUGCUCGCCUCACUCGAGAAGUGUUCCGUGCUCGACCGUGUCAAGGCCAGCUUGCCACCUGAUCAGAGCGUCGGUUAUGGCUUCAAAGUCAUUGGCGCAGAAGAACGCAUGAAGGACGGCGGUGCUUUCGUCACCUUCUCUUACCUCGAAGACCCGAACGAGACAAACGAAGAGUCGCUCGACACCAUCGAAAAGCGUCUGAAGUCUGGCGUUCGACGAGUCUUUAAUCCAUCGCUGUUCUUCCUAGGCACACCUGGUGUCCAUGUUGUGCGGGGUAAACCCUUCCGCGAGGACAUGAACAUUUUUCCCGCUACGCGUAUCUUUGUCAAGCUCGAAGGCGGAGAUGCAAGCGAGGAGCAGCUAUGGCAGACCUUGCGUCCCUAUGGUCGCAUCGUCUCAAUUGUCAAAGAAAAACCUUCCGAGGCUUUGAUCACUUUUUCCCGUAUUCGAGGUGCUACCAGCGCGCGCAAUUGUGCUCAUGGCUUGGAACUCCCAAACGGUGCCCGCUUUGUCAUCACCUUCCGCAGCAUGCUCCGCAGCAAACAGGCAUGGGACUGGAUCUCAAACCAUCCGAGGCUUGUGUUUCCGCUCGUCGCCUUCCUCAUCGGCGGUAUCUCUUACAUUGUCUUUGACCCCGUGCGAGAGUUUAUGGUCGAGAGCAAGGUACACAAUACAUUCUCGCUCGAAGAAUACCGCGUCUACGCCUGGCUCAAGCAAAACACUGUCGGUCUGUUCACCAACACUGAUGGCGAUGCAAAGGGAGACGUCGACGACUGGUGGGAGCGCAGACAGUCGGCAGAGACAAUUCAAGAAUGGAUCCGAGAGAAGCCGUCCACCUUUGUAACCAUCUCUGGCCCGCGCGGCUCAGGUAAGACGGGAUUGGUCAACAGGGUCAUCACACGUGACGUCCAGCAUCUGGUCAUCGACUGCGACGUCAUUGCCAAGACGGCCAAGAACGAUUCGCUGCUCAUCGAUGCUCUGGCCAACGAGACCGGAUACUGGCCCGUGUUCAGCUGGCUAAGCAGCAUCAACAACAUGAUUGACUUGGCCGCCGUCGGUCUCAUCGGGUCCAAAGCCGGGUUCGCUACACCCACAGAUGCACAGCUCAAGCAGAUCUUGGGUGUUGUGACCAACGCACUCAACCACAUCAACGAGCAGACGCAGAAACGCAUAGUCAAAGCCGAGAAAGCUCGCCUGGCAGCUGAAAAGAAGCAGAGCGCAUCACAGACCCUCUAUCCGGCGCCCGGCGUGCCCACUGUGCACAACGGUGCCGUGGGUGAGAAGGAGUCUCUCGGGGAAAAGGCUUCGGAGCUAGCGCAGAACACGAUUGAAUCGCUCCAACAUCUGGUCACCUGCGAGGACGAUUCGAUCGCCAAGAAGGACAAAAACACAACGUUCGUUUCGCCUGUGGUCGUCAUCAAGCAGUUCCACCACAAAGGCAUCAAACAGGCUAUUUUGCAUCAAGUGCUUGCCGAGUGGGCGGCUGAGCUGGUGACCAACGGCAUCGCCCAUGUUGUUUUCGUAUCGGACAAUCCGGUGGGCAUGGGCAAAGAGCUCGCCAAAGCGCUGCCCAAUGUUCCUUUCCAGGGUAUCGCGCUCGCCGAUGCGGAAGAGGACAAGGCGCAAAGCUACGUGUACAACAAGCUCAAGGAGAUGGGACGCUUGCCAGCGCUCGGUGGGGCAGCGCCCAGCUGGCAUCCUGCCUACGAAUCCAACGCCACUCGUGCCCAAGCUACCGCAGCCGAGUUUGCCGCCGCGAAUGCCGACUACACGACCAACGGUAGUGCAGCUGCAUCCUCUGAACCACAAUACGCCCCGACUUUGGAUGACGAGACAGCCUCGUGGGUAGACAAGCUCGGUGGAAGACUCACCGAUCUCGAAACGCUGGUGCAAAAAGUAUCGUUGGGUCAGACGGUCGAAUCGGCGGUACAAGAUAUCAUCUCCCGAAGCGUUGUCGAAUUGCGCAAGAAUGCCUUUGGCGACGACUCGGGUGAAGCAUCUUCGCUUCCGUGGACGCGCUCUCAAGCGUGGACGAUUGUUAACAAGCUUGCCAAGACAGGCGAGGUCUCUUACUACGGUCUGCUGCACAACGAGUUCAAGGGCAACGAAACAGCAAUCAAAUCGCUCGAGCAAGCCGAGAUCAUUUCGGUGCGACAUCACGAUGGCCGACCGUCUGCGAUCCGUGCCGGUCGACCCGUGAUGCAGGAAGCCAUUAAACGACUUGUUUCGGACCGUGUAUUCAACGAUACGCAGACGCUACUAGCUAACACGGGAGCCAUCGAGUCGGCCGAAAAAUCUCUGCGAACAAUCGAAGCCGAAAUCGCUGACAUUAGUAAAAUGAUCCAAGGCUCGCCGUUCAAAGUGACCUCUGGAGCUGGAUCUACUUCAGGAGCCGUCCUUCCGCCGCCGGCUGACGACAAAAAGGAAAGCGCAAGCGGCGGAUUGCUCGGCAUCUUUGGCGGUGGAAGCGCUGGAGUGGCGCCAAUCAGCACGAGCGAAGCCGCCAAAGCAAGGACCGAAUUUUUGAUGUACAAGAUGGCAGAGCUACAGACCAAGAUCUCGAAGUUGGACGCGCAGAACACGAGUAUCAAGGCUAGGUUGGCAAGCCAUAUGGAUUAG